AUGGCGGACGCUAUUUACAACGACGCAAAAUCGCGCAUUAUUCRCUGCGUUACCAAAUUGAAAUCCUUUGCCCAAGCUUCUAUUGAUUUCAAUAACGACCGUACAAACUCUGGUAAACGAGCCAAAAUUGCCAAAAUGAUUAGUGAGCUAGUUGCUCUUCGUAACGCAGUUGAGGAUGAUGUCCAACGAAUGGAAUCAGCCGUUAAUUCAAAAACAGCGCCUGUCGAGGUCACUGACCAUAGUGAAAGUCAAACUCUUAUUGCGUYAUUCGAUAGUCUCUAUUAUGAACUGGCUGCUUUCGCUGAUGUUCACAAAUUGACAAUGUUAUCCUCGAUGGACGCAACUGCUUCAUCAUUUUCAAAUCAAACCAGUGGYCAACAUCAAUUAUCCGCAUUUCAGUUACCUAAGCGUACAUUCCCUGUUUUUUCCGGUGAGAUGACCGAGUGGCAGGGAUUUGACGAUUUGUUUAACUCCAUACUAUCGCACGCUCCUGAACUGCCGGACGUUGAGCGGUUUGAAUUUCUGAAGAUGUCUCUUAAGGGUGAAGCGCUAUCACUUAUCUCCCAUCUCGCGUUAACGGCUACAAAUUACACUAGUGCGUGGAAAAUAUUGCGUUCUCGUUAUGGCAAUAAGCGUGAUCUUGCUCGUAUUCACCUAGAUGCUCUGCUCGCUAACCAGAUUGUUAAGUCCAAUGAUGGUUCCUCUAUUAAAACUCAGAUCAAUACGAUAUUAGAGAACACUGCUGCGUUGGACAAUCUUGACUUUGUAACGCGCCAGUGGAGUCCACUUCUGGUGCACAUCGUUGAAAAACACCUUAAUUAUGACCUUCGUGCUCGGUGGGAAUUGGUCGUUGGGGAGAAUCAUUAUCCUCAAAUUUCUGACUUUGUUGAUUUUUUGCGUACCCAUCUGCGGUCUGCGGCAAUUUAUUCCAGUUGUUCAUCAUCUGACCGACACAAUAGUGCAUUGAAACCGCACAAGUCAGUUAAGCAAACAAAGUUCAACCCUCGCUCUUCUUCAAGCGUUCUAGCCACCACUUCGAGUAAUUCUUCCGUCAAGCCGUGUCCACUGUGUAAUGCACCUCAUUCAAUAAGGUCAUGUACGCUAUUUACUGACAAGCCUCCAAAUGAACGCUUUCAUAUUGCAAAAACGCAUCGUUUGAGUAUAAAUUGUCUGGGGACAGGUCACUCCUCAGGGCGAUGCCCUUCAACCUAUACAUGUCAGUCAUGUAGGAAAAGUCAUCAUUCGCUGUUGCACUUUGAUCCUACUGCUAAUAAACCAAAUACCUUCGGAUCAGUAUCGUCAAAUACAUUAUCCACUAAGACGGCGGAGCCUGUGCCAAGGGCUGAGUCACAUGUUACUACUACCUCAUGUCUUGUUCGAGGACAACCUCAGCGCAUCGUUCUAUUGUCAACAGCAGUAGUGGACGUCUAUGCUGCUGAUGGACGGCGAAACGCGUUAAGAGCUUUAUUAGACUCUGGUUCACAAGCUAGUUUUAUCACAGAACGAGCUGCGUGUGCUCUUAUGCUUCGUCAAUUCCGAUCUUCUGUCAGCGUUACUACAUUUGCUAGUUCAGACUCUACCGUUGUUCGGGGCAAAUGCAAUAUUAAGAUGUCUCCCUCCGGUCAACAAGCACCCUCUUUUUCACUUGACGUAUCGAUAGUUCCACACAUAACUGGACCAACUCCUCAAACUCCGGUACCGUUUGGACACUGGGAUCACAUUAAUAGUCUCUCGCUGGCCGACCCAUCAUAUAAUACACCUGGCCCAAUUGACUUACUAAUCGGAGCUGAUCUCUUACCUUCAGUGUUCCUUGAUGGCACUCGAAAGGGUCAAGUGGGUGAACCUCUCGCAAUGAACUCCGUUUUUGGAUGGGUGCUCAUGGGCCCUACGGACCUUAAUGACCGCUCUUCUGUUGCCACACUUAGCGUAAAUAUAUCCGAACCCAUUGACUCGUUAAUUAAAAAAUUCUGGGAACUUGAAGAGCUCCCCACCGCAUGCCAUUUGAGUCCAGCUGACGUUGCUGCUGAGAAAAUAUAUACCACUACUACAACUCGCUUAAGUUCAGGUAGAUUUGUUGUCACUCUUCCGUUUCUGAAACCACGUCCACUACUUGGUGACUCAAAAACGUUAGCUUUGCAACGGUUCAAGGCCCUAGAAUGUCGUCUCAACCGCAACAAAGACCUGCAAGAUCAAUACGCCGAGUUCAUGCGCGACUAUCUGACGGCUGGUCAUAUAGAGUUGAUUCCAUCGUCUGAACAAGGCCAUCCGUUUCAUUAUUAUAUUCCACACCAUUGCGUGCUUAAACCCGAUAGCCUGACUACAAAGCUUAGGGUUGUAUUCAAUGCAUCUGCAAAAACGUCAGCCGGUAUAUCCUUAAACUACAGUAUGUACACAGGUCCCAAACUGCAACCUGACAUACAAGUUGUUCUCCUCCGUGCUCGACUUUGGAAAUACUUAUUUAUGGCUGACAUAAAGCAAAUGUAUCGCCAGAUUCUCAUCAGACCAACUGACAGAGAUUAUUUGCGGAUUCUGUGGAGAUUCUCGUCCACCUCUCCGAUUGACGAGUACCGGUUAUGUACAGUGACGUACGGCACCUCUGCAGCUCCCUUCCAAGCACUUCGCACUGUCCGCGAAUUAGCGACUGUAGAUGGUGCAAAAUGGCCGAUAGCUGCGUCUGUAUUGUUGAGUGACACGUUUGUUGAUGACAUCUUGACCGGAGCCAACUCAACAGAAACUGCUCUUGAAUGCCAGACCCAAUUAAUAAACUUGUGUGCUAUGGCGCAGUUUCAAUUGCGAAAGUGGGCCAGCAACAAUAGUCAACUUCUGCAAGUUGUCCCAGAAGAAGCCCGUGCCAUGUCACCAUCUGUCCUUUUCGACAGCAGUGACCAUUCCGACUUGAAGGUACUCGGGCUGAAGUGGGACCCGGUAGCUGAUAAUUUUUCUUUCAAGGCCAAACCGUCAGCAGUCAUUCCAACGAAGCGUACAGUCCUUUCAGACAUUGCUAAUAUUUUUGAUCCGUUAGGCUUGCUGUCGCCAAUUACAUUCUGGACCAAACAUGUCAUGCAGCAACUUUGGAUUGCUGGAAUCAAAUGGGAUGAAGAAAUACCAAAGGAUAUCGCUGUAAUGUGGACACUAUAUCAGUCAGAUCUGAUGUUAAUUGAAACCGUUUCUAUUCCUCGUCGAAUAACAUAUGAUGACGCCACAUCGAUACAACUCCACGCCUUCUCGGAUAGUUCGGAAAAAGGCUACGCUGCAGCCGUUUAUCUUCGAACCACGACUUCUACCUCAGUUCAUUGUCACCUUGUGACCGGCAAGUCGAAAGUGGCGCCUCUAAAACGGUCUACGAUUCCGCGACUUGAACUCUGUGGAGCUGUCUUAGCUGCCAGACUUCUACGGUUCGUCAUCGAUACCUAUUCAACUCGUCUCAAAAUCGAUAAAUUCCAUGCCUGGACAGAUUCAACGACCGCUUUAGCGUGGAUACAAUCAUCUCCUCAUCGUUGGGCUACGUUUGUUGCUAACCGCACUAGCCAAAUUCACGAACUUACGUCACCCGACAUUUGGAACCACGUCCCCACACAUCAAAAUCUAGUCGAUUGCACGUCUCGCGGACUCCGAACUUUCCGUCCGAACUUGCUACUCAUCCGUUGUGGUGGACAGGACCUGCAUACUUACUAG